ACUGCUCCUGCUUCAGGCUUCUGAUAAGGAAUCUGAACCAGCUGACAGACAGGAAACCUCUGCUACUCCAUCCAGAGGGAUUGCAAACAAGAAGAUGACACGAUUUUUGCAAACCUGGAAAGUCUAAAGAUUGCAAUAAUUGUUGGACCAAAGGGACCCUCUUCAGGCAUAAAUAGCAAGACUCCUACUGUCUUCUCUUGCAGACCAACUCAGCUGCCAGCAAAAGCAGGUGCUCUCCCCCUACCAGUGCUCCAGAGGAAUAUUUAGGAAUGGAAAACCUGAUGUUUGUCUACUGGUCCUGUAAAGUUCUCUGGACAGUGCUUGUAACAAUGCUGGGUUAUUCCAGCAGCCUGCCUGUGGGGGAGGAUGCUCUUUGCACAGCAGAGGAACUUGCUAAGUACAGGAUAAUCUUCACAGGGAAAUGGAGUCAAACUGCUUUCCCUAAGCAGUACCCACUCUAUAGGCCCCCAGCACAGUGGUCAUCCUUGCUAGGUGUUACUCAUAGUUCUGACUACAACAUGUGGAAAAAAAAUGAAUAUGCCAGCAAUGGUGUACGUGAUUUUGCUGAAAAGGGUGAAGCAUGGGCAUUAAUGAAAGAAAUAGAAGAAGCUGGAGAGAAAAUUCAGAGUGUACAUGGAAUCUUCUCUGCUCCUGCAAUUUCCAGCGGCACAGGACAAACCUCUACUGAAUUAGAAGCGCAUCCAAGACAUCCCUUAGUUUCGUUUGUUGUACGAAUUGUUCCAAGCCCCGACUGGUUUGUGGGUAUUGACAGCCUAAAUCUCUGUGAAGGAAACCACUGGAUGGACGAAGUAUCAGUGGAUCUAUUUCCAUAUGAUGCUGGAACUGAUAGUGGAUUCACAUUUUCCUCCCCAAACUUUGCCACUAUUCCACAGGACACAGUUACAGAGAUCACUUGUUCCUCUCCAAGUCACCCAGCAAACUCAUUUUAUUAUCCCAAACUCAAAAUUUUGCCACCAAUUGCUCAAGUAACAAUGGUGAAAUUAAAGAAAAGCCAGCUAGGUCUUUCUGCACCUUUUAUUAAUCUUCCAGCUAAAAGCAAUGAAGUAAUAGACAGUGUCUCAGAAACACCCCUGGACUGCGAGGUUUCACAAUGGUCUUCCUGGGGUCUCUGCAGAGGGGUUUGCAGAGAAACAGGGACCAAGAUCAGAACUCGGUUUGUACUUCUUCAGCCUGCCAAUAAUGGAAUGCCUUGUCCAAACCUGGAUGAAGAAACAGGAUGUGAACCAGAGAACUGUGUCUGA